GCCUGUGCCGGAGCCCCGGCUCGCUCCGCCGCCCUGCCCGCCCGAGACGGACCUGCGCGCCCCAGCAGCCAUGUCCGCCGAGGAUUAUGUUUCUGUGAGCGUUGAGGAUGAUGUUGAAGCAGUGAUUAUUGACAAUUCUGAAGUGGAAGAUGGAGAAAAUGGGCUCUCCACACAAAGCUGCAUGUCAAUGGAACAAAAUGCUGAAGUAAACAGUGAUGCUCACCACGUGGCUCAACUGGCAUAUGGUAGUGAAGGCUUAUCAGUGCUGGCUGAACGAGUGGUAUCACAGAUGAGCCAUUCUGCAAGUAUGCAGAGAGGAAAUACCCACCACCCUGAGAAAAUGGAUUAUGUGUUUUCACAUAACAAAAGAAAACGAUUUGCCCCUACUCUAGUGGGACAGAAUGUGAUGAGAAUGGGGGAAGGAGAAUAUGAAGAUAGUGACAGUGUCGUUUAUGAGUACGAACCGGACUAUGAAUGUGGGAGUAUUGUAUCUGAAGCUUCCUACACAGGAGAUCUGCAGAAAACUCUCAUGGAGGUCCUCAGUUACUGCCAGGCCAUGUAUGAUGCCAUUCAGAAACUGGAUAAAAAGUUUGACCUGCUUCAUCGAAAGGUCUCCGAAAUGCAGCAUACUCGUGUGAAGCCACUGUUGCUCAAACCUAGACCAGUCGGCUUUGCAUACAGAAGUUCCAGUCAUUUGCCCCAGGGAAAAAUUGGACUACAAAAAUCGAUGGAAAGGGAAUCAAGCCUCCAUCUCCCUUCACCAGGACAGGGAAGGCAUAGCCCAGUCAUAAGGGUCGCCCUGCAGAAGGGCCAUGUUCAGGUCAACUCUGCAAUAAAACGUGUUCAACAGACUCUGCAACUUGAAUCGCAGCAGCCUGUUCUUAGACAGAGCCCGCCACUCCCCACUAUAGUUUCUACUCAUUCAUUGCAUUCACCAUACACAGCAACUAAUGGGAUUCCUGACCUUCCUCCACGAUCAAAUCUUGCAACUACAGUUGUGGAAAGCACUGUCAACAUUGCAUCUUCACCAGUGGCAUCAUCAGUGAUGCCGCCAUCUUCUGAGACCAAUUUGGGAAAUAACACUAUGCUGGUGAACUACAGAAAUGCAUCUGGGAAUGUGAACAUUAAUAAAGAGCUGCCAUCUUCUUCAGUCUCAAUCAAUCCUAGCUUUGAAUACGUCGGUGACCCAUUGAGAAAUGUAAAAGUUCUUGGAAACUAUUUGAUGAAAGCUCGGCAGAAGACUAAACCAAAGUAUGCAGCACGCUACUUGGUCCGUGUCUUGUUCCCCAAGGAAACAUUAUUGUGUAGCAUUAUGGGAGUGAGUGCACGAGGACGCAGGACAUUGGACCCUAACAAAAUUGCCGCAAUAAGAGAAUUUCUUGCAGCUAACUUUCCAAACUAUGAUUUGAGCGAAUAUGGAAAAGACUGGAAAACCUGUAUCACAAACGUCAAUGCUAUGAUCCGCUGUUUACGCUCUGAAACAAAAAUAAACUCAGAGACAGCUGAAGGGAAAGAAAAAUUAUCUGACACUCCAGAUACAUCUUUUUGCGUAGAUUUAAAUUGUAGUGAGGAUAGCGAAGGCAAUUCUCAAAACUCUCAGAAAAUGACCACCACUGACAAACUACAGAAUUCAGGAUGGGAUAAAUUUCCAGAAUCUUUCCACACACCUUCAGUCAAGAAGCUCCAGUCUUUGGAACCUAUGGAACUUCUUGGGAGUCCUUGGCGCAAUGUUCAGUUGCCUUUCUCAGUCAUUUAUGUAGCUAAGGGGAAGUCUCGGCCAGAGUUAUCAGCUCGCUACCUAAUUCGUCAUCUCUUCACGGAAGAUGUACUAGUGAAAAGCAAUGUAUACGGUAAUCUGGAACGUGGCAUGAGUCCCCUGGACUGCAACAGGAUUAAUGCUCUCAGAGACUUUCUUCAAGAGAACUACCCAUCCUUUGAUCUGAAGGAAACUGGAUAUGAUUGGAAGGCAUGCGUAGCUGCGAUAAACAGCACAAUCCGCAGUCUCAGACAUGACCUUAAAAAGGCUACAAUUGGAAUGCGCAGGAGAAUCUUGGCAAUGCCACCAUCAAGUGAAAAGAGCCCUCCACAGAGUCCCACUUCAGUAAAGCCAUAUGAAAGCGACACUAUCAAUCUCACAGACUGAAGUCCUCUAACAGUUGUCUCAAAUCUUAAUUUAGUAGGUUUUUAUAAAUCCCACAUAGAUUCCUAUUACAUCGAGUUAUCAGCACCACUAAAUAGUAUAUUUCAUGAGACCAAAGUUGUCAGAAGACCUAGGAACCCUAACGACUUGUUUAAGUAGGAUUUGUGCUCCCCAAAGAGAUGACAUCUGUGGUUCCCUCUAGCGUUUGUGAUGUGCUCUAUUCCGAAAGCACCUUCUUUUCAAGAUUCAUUGACUCUGAAAGAAUUUAAUUACAGAAGACUGACUGUACAUCUAGUCAGCAGAAGCAGAUAGGAAUGAGGAGAGAAGGGAUGGUCCUUCUUGGAGAAAGAUUCAUAGCCAGUUAAGAGUACUUCAUUAUGUGUGGGGAAGGAAAUUUGAUGAAACAGUUGGAUAUUUUAACCCAUAAUAUCUGAUGCAGAAAGCAAAAUACAAUUGUUACUGCAUUUAGCUAAUUUUUUCAUGCAUCUCACAUUUUUCCCUUACUGUAGCAAUCCUUUGUUGUAGGAUAGAGAGGCAGACAACAACAUAAGUACAGUUGUUGGUAAGUAGUGUUUUCUUCCCUCUGAUUUAGAUCUGGUCUGCAAACUCAAAAAAGCACCUGGGACAGACAUCCUAAUAUUUAAUUCUGUUUGUUCCUGAUGUAAAUUCAAAGAAAAUAGGUCUUCAGGGGCAUGGUCCACUGGUCAGUGGUAUGUAUCUGUCUCGUGUCUGAUGUCCACAAAGUGCAAAACUGCUACAACUUUUAUGUAGGGGAUUUGGAUCUUAAUACAGAUUUAAGAAAGAAUAAUUUCCAUCAGCUUCAAGUCAUUGGUCCUCCAGUUAAGAUGCAGAGACACAUAUUCUACUGCUUUAGUGCACUCAGAAAUGACUAGCAUCAGUGGUAUAGCUUCCCCCACUCACAUUCAUAGCUUCUAGUGUACAUAGUCUGCAGCUGCUGGCCUACAAGGCUAGGCAUAUUACUUUAUAUUACUUUGGUGUCUUACUAGCCUGCAUUUUUGAAGACUUGUCAUCCUGUCCUUGUUAACUUAAAUUCUGAGAGAUAUACAGUGAUUAUCCCUGUCUUCCCCUUUCCCCUUCCCCACACAACACUAAGAUUUAUUACUGGGUUGAAUUAAAAAAAAAAGUGGGAUGUGAAAAUAAUAAAAAUGCGUAAAUAGAAAUCAAUACCUAUGCAUAGUCAGUUUGACAUCUGCCUCAAUUUUGUUUUUAAUUUGAAAUUCAACAACAGUUGCUUUACAGAAGUUAAGAAGUUUUUGUUUGUUUUUUCAAAAGAGGAAAUAUUUUGUAUAUGCCUUCCUGUUAUUUGUUCCAGCAUCAGUCAUACAGUCCUAUCACUUUUACAUGUUGGCUAACUGGUGCGUGAACUUGCCUUGCCAUUUGUAUCAUCUCUGAGCUUAGUCUCAAAUUUUUCACAGAAAAAUAGCUCUUCAGAAGACUGAAACAAUAAGGAACAAAUUUCACCUCUGAAAGCUGAUGAACUGUGGCUUCCAAAACUAUGCCUGUGUACAUAGCAGAAUUUAACUAGAUCUGUCUCCCAAGGCAAAAGUUUCAUAGGGUUUUUUUUGUUUUGUUUUUAUUAGCAGUAGGGUAAAAUAGGAGUGAAAUUACUUGUUUUCAUUUAACUUCUACCCAUAACAAAUGGGCAGUGUUUAUUAUAUACAUUAAAGGAUCACAAUACAUUUUUUUUAAUUGCAAUUUAGGAUAUGCAGUGUCCUUAUCAAAUAAGAAAUUAAUGUUUCCCCUACCAGCUCCUACUUGCCAUGCAGCUGUCUUCUGUAGACUUUAAGAAAUAGGUUGAAUUGCUUAAUUCUCAGAGAAAUGUUGUACUACUGUUGGUCAGUAACAUACGAAGUUUGGUUCCUCUUGUUUAGUACCAACAAAUUCUGCUGUUACUGUUCUAUACAGUCUCUUGUAAAUGCCAAUAGUUUUAUAUUGUGUGUAGAUAUUAUUAGUUUCAAACCUCAGAAAAAGCCAAAAAUGCUUAUAUUUUUUCAGUAGUUAUAUGAAAUUUUUUCCACUGUCAUUCAUAGAUUUUAAUGGUAGAAUGAUAUAUUUAUUGAAUAACCUGUCUGGCACUGAAAUCUGUUAAUGUGGUGCAUACCUCUAGCUUCCAUAUCAAAAAGAAGGCUGAAUAAUUGAAUAAAUGUAGAAAUAGUUUUCUUGUUUCUGUUAGA